CCGAGAGGGAGCAGAUCAAGCUAGCUUUGCAAAGGUAGAUGAGCUUGUUUCAGAUGACGGGGCGGCAUGAGGGUGCCAAGGAAGGGGGCAGUGGAAGGGUUGCGAUGUGGCUCCUGCUGCCUCCUCUUUUCGUGCUGAUUGUGCUCAAGACUGAUUUCCUGCCACAGGUCGUCGUGCACACGGUUUCAUACGCUGGUUUCGACAAUGCAAGAUGGCAGCAACAUCCACAUGACCCAGAAGCGGUAAAAGAGUACAACCACCAAAAUCAGAUUCUUGCCACUAACGGGCCUCAUGAGGAUAGUUCUUCAAUAAAUUCAGACACGGGAGCCUCAGUCAGCAAGUUAACCUGCGACUUCGGCAACCCUCACUCGGACACCUGCACAAUGGAAGGCGACCUGCGCAUCCACGGCAAAUCCGCGACAGUCUAUGUUGUGGCAGCAUCCACCCACAGGCCGGAGAACUCUACGAUCACGGUCCGCCCGUACACGCGGAAGUGGGAGCAGGAGACCAUGUCGAGGAUCCGAGAGGUCACCAUGCGAUCCAUGCCGCCAGCUUUCAGUUUCGUCAUCCCGCCCAAGUGCACGGUGAGGCACGACGUGCCAGCGGUGGUCUUCUCCACCGGUGGCUGCGGCACGAACUUCUUCCACGGCAUGAGCGACCUCGUCGUCCCACUCUACAUCACAUCGCGCGAGUACGACGGCCGCGUCCAGCUUCUUAUCGCCGACUACAACGCUGAAUGGGUCGCCAAAUUCAGGCCGGUCCUCGCCGCGCUGUCCACGUUCCCAGUCAUAGACUUGGACGCCGACGCCGCCGUGCGCUGCUUCCCGUCGGUGCAUGUCGGGUUAGAGAGCCACAAGAAGAUGCUCGCGAUCGAUCCGAGUCUCUCCCGCAACGGCUACACUAUGAUGGGAUUCCGUGACUUCCUGCGUUCUGUCUUCUCGCUGCAGCGGCCAUGGGCGACACCAGUAAGGUUGGGCUCAGGACAGAAGCCUCGGCUCCUCAUGGUUCUGCGGCGCCGCUCAAGGGAGCUGAGCAACGAAGCUGAAACCAUCGCCGCCAUGGAAGAGAUCGGGUUCGAAGUGGUCGCGGCGCGGCCAGAGGACGUCAGUGAUAUGAGCCGCUUCGCGGGGGUGGUGAACUCCUGCGACGUGAUGGUUGGCGUGCAUGGUGCUGGGCUCACCAACAUGGUGUUCCUGCCCCACAACGGCACCGUGGUGCAGAUCGUUCCCUGGGGCAACAUGAAGUGGGCUUGCUGGUAUGCGUUUGGCGAGCCUGUGCCAGGCAUGGGACUUCGGUACGUCGAGUAUGAGGCUACGGCGGAGGAAACCACGCUGAAGGAGAAAUACCCAAGGGACCACCCAGUGUUCACCGACCCCCAGUCCAUACAUCGCCAGGGAAAAGCUUGGUCGACCUUCCUCAAUGGCCAGAACGUUACUCUGGACAUCGAUCGCUUCAAAGCGGUGAUGCUGCAAGUGUUCCAAUCCAUCACCACGGAGUAGUAGAGUUGGACUGUUGGGAGGUAUGCAGGAAGUCGUGGAUCAACAAUAUAGCAAACACAUUUCCUUUUUUUAUUCCUGGAGUGCCUAAAACUGAAGAUAAACAAAGGGGUUUAGUUAUAUGGUUGAGGAUAAAUUCUAAUAUAGUUGGAUUAUUUAGGCGUCACAUGAUUAAGCAAGUCUCAGUUGCUUUUUUUCGAUUUUGUUGUACUACCAGUUAGUUAACCAUAUAGGUAGAUCUUGUUGAAAAUGACAUAUUUAUUCAAACACGAUUAUAUUUUAACGGUAUAUAUAUUUUA